GGGCGGGGCGGAGCGGGGGCUACUGUGGGUAGUGCAUCUCAAUUGCCCGAAAGUGAGAGCGCCGCGUUCGAGCUGUGGCCCCAGCAGCAGACUUGGUAUCGGCCAGCUACGUGUGCCGUCGAUCAUUUGAGACGCCGCCAACGUCGCCGCCAGACAAAACAAAAGCCAAACGCUGACCGAGCUGUGGCAACAUUUCCAUGGAAACUGCCAAGACGCCAACAACUAUAUCGAUGCCGCCGCGGCUGCUGCUGCUGCUGCUGCUGUGGGUGUUGCUCUGUGGGCCCAGCAUCGGCUCGGCGCUGCCCAAACGCGAGCUGCAAAUGCUGGAGAUGAUGCAGAAUAUAUUGCGCAUGGAUAGCGUAGAUGUGGGUGGACGCAAUCAACGAUCGCCCAUGGCGUAUGCCUCCUCAGUGCCGUGCGAGGACAGCCUGCCCAUGGACAGCAGCCAGCUGUUCGAGGAGGACUUCGAGAGCGACGACAGUGAGGAGUGCAGCGACUUUGAGGGGGCAUGCCAUGAUGGCUCGGCACCGCACUCAACGCCGCCGCUCUGCCCACAUCCGCUGGUGCCCAUGGACCAUCCCUGCUUCAUACGGGUGGUGGUGCUGCGCACGCCUCUGAUGCACCAAGAUCCCUGCACAAACUUCACCCUGGGCAUGCAGCAACCCACGUCGACCACAACUGCCCGGCCCAGUGCCAAGAAGCCCAAGGACAAAAAGUGCAGAGUACAGAAGCAAAAGCAGGUGCCGAAUAGCGCCGCUAAUGCACUGAACACCACUGACACCAACAACAGCACCACCAGCUCCCCAGCAAAUGCCACCGAAUCGGAGACAACUGAGGAGAGCACGGUUCCCACAACGCUGAACACAACAGUUGAAACCACUGAGACCACUGAAAUGAGCAGCACACCGUACAGCAGCACCACCUACACCCCCUACACCACAACUGAAACCAGCACAACCACUGAGCUAACAACCCCAAUGAUGGACAUGCCCACGAACGCCAAAAACAGGCACAAUGCGCAAAAAAAAUCCGAUAAAAGGGGACGCCGUAAGAAGAGCUCAAAGAAAAAGGCAAGCGUGCCGGAUGCACCCCCGAUCAAACACGAUGGAGCCGUGCAGUCGAGUGACAUGUCUCCGGUAGUUGUAAAGAACACUCCGGGAUCCAGCACAUUGCGGCCCGAAGCGAUGGCAAUUCCAGCGUCAGCAAAUGACUGCAUCGAAACAUCGGAAGAUCAGGAAACUGCAGAGAGAAACGCAGAGAGCGAGGCGCAAGAGGAGCCGGAAGACUGCGAAUCUGAAGCCAGCGAAGAGUGCGAGGACAACGAGGACCAGAACACGAAUCUCUGUCCACAGAUUUCAUCAAGCGGCGGCAUGGGCCACAUGCGUCAUCCUACUCGUUAUCGCAAGCCCUUGGGCAACAUUGUGGAGCCCAUUCUCUAUGAGGGUCAGUUUGCUAAGCCGCGCCAGCGGAUUGGCACGAUGCCUCAGCAGCCGCACCGACGCGACUUCUACGUGAGCAACAAGCAGAUUAUGCCCAGGCCGAGGCCCAAGCAGCGGGAGCCGCUGCCACACUCGAUCUACAUGAACAACAUUGUGCGGGGCAUCAAGUGCAGCGAUGAGGCUGGACACACUGGACACGCUGGACACGACCAUCAGCCGCCGUCGAGGCACUACGUCGGCCGCAAGCCCGUAGUGGUGCCACGCAAUUGGCCCGGCCGACGAACUGUGCCCAAUUACGUUCGGAUGGGCACGCCGCCCUCGGCGCCCGCGGGUCAUCAGCGCGGACAUGGCAGUUCGUUAUAUGGGCUCAGCUCUGCUGAAGACUCGGAUGCCUAUGACCAUGACAGCGAUCAGUACUACGAUGACGAUGCAGCCGAGCACCACGGCUGGCCACGUGAGCAUCCCCCGCACUCGUCAUCAGCUGCCUCUGCCGCUGCCGAUCCCUGCCAGGCGGAGCUGGAAAGGGGCCGGCAGAGGCAGCGAGAGCACGACAGGGACAGAGACAACGACCACGUAAUGGACUACCAGCAGCACUUCUUCACCUAG